UGCAGUCCAAGCAUUUACUUCAGCCGAAAUGGAGGCAUUUCUGUCAAGUCUGCCGCCGUAUGUGCAUGAAUUCUUAGACAAAGAACCUCCCAUUGAGGUUUUCAACGUUUUACGCGAACUCAUUUGCUUCGCAGUACUAUAUUCUAACGAUCGUAAAAACAUUCAACGGCAAACCGAGCGUUUACUCGAGGAGAAUGCCCAACUACAGGAAAACGUCUCCCAGUCGACAGAGGAUCAGAUUUCCUCGCAAACCAAUCUGUCAGGUACGGUGAUAGAAUCGAAUCAAGGCAGUCCGUCGCAGAAAAGUGAGGCACAAGGCAGCAACCGAAAUGAAAAAAGUCCUAUUCCUGCAACAUUUCCAGAUUGGUGGAGUCAUUUGGCUCCUCAAGAUGAUUUAGACGCAACAAUCAACAAUGUAAAGGAAAAUGCUAUAGAUGAAGCUUCUUCAUCACCCAAACAAGAUAAUCAAGUCAAAAGGUCUGAAUUAGAGAAGACGAGGAAAAAAGAAGACUCAGCACCAUAUACAGCUUGGGUACCUUUGGAUACAACUCCAAAAUCACGGCCCGUGUCGACCAUACUUACCAGCAGUCCAGUUUCAAGGACUAAGCCAGCGGUCAGCAACAAGCGACAUUCGAUUGCUGUCACCAAUCCAGCGCGACGGCAAUCACAAACGUCCGCUCCUUUCCAAGGAAAUACCCAGAGAGAACAAGCACUUGACAGAAAGGCACAAACUGUAUCGGCUCGGUUGUCAUAUUUAGCUCAACCGAAAAAAAUAGCCGAGCCCGUCAAGUCGACUAGAUCCGAAACGAUGCCCACAACCAUCCAUAUCGCGCCCAGAAACGUACCAUUAGCGAAACCUGCUCAGACUGCACUGGUGAAGGCGCGAUCACUGCGGGCCCGAACGAAAACUGAGGAGAGAUCCCCGUCUCCUGUCAUAGCACCAACGCCCGCCUACGUCCAAAACGCAAAGUCGAAGAUAGAUUGGGAAGCAAUUAAGCGAGAAAGGCGGACUGCACCGCCAGAAUCUGUUUCAUUUGAAUUUGUGCCUUUGGAUGGAGAAGAUGAGAGUAAUGCUGACGAAGCAAAAAAGAUUGACGAUGAAUGAUGGCUGAUUAUUGUAAUAUGUACAAUUGUAAAAUAUAAUAAAGGAAGCGUUCGGAAGUCUAUCAUGAGGUUUCAUCUUCUCCCGCCUUCUUGCCUGUUACUGUAUAUAACAUCUCUUCAACGAGCUUGCCGAAUACAGGGUCAUUUUGUCGAGCUUGAUCCAGCAUUUUGGCGGGGUCUUUGGAUGAAUCAAUGGCGGAUAUCAAGUUGCGGAUUUGUGGAUGUUUAAGGUAAUCAUGGAUUGCUUCUGAUCGACUCAAGUUGCGCAGUUGCUCUUGACUCAGAAGGAAUUCAUCGUCGUCCUUUAGCACAUCUUUGCUGGAGGAUGUUUUCUGCUGUGAUUCCUGUAUAGCGGGCGCUAUUAUGCGUAGUUAGCUAUUUAAUCACCUGUUG